AUGUCCACUCCAGACUACUACAAAAUCCUCGACAUCUCGCCAAAAGCGACCCAGCAACAGAUCCGGGAUGCAUACAAGAAAGCCGCUUUGAAGCACCACCCCGACCGUGUCCCCGCAGACUCCCCUGAGCGCGCCACACGGACCAAACGUUUCCAGCAGAUCAACGACGCCUACUACGCGCUGUGCGAUCCAACCCGCCGUCGCGAGUAUGAUGCUGCGCGGACCUACAACAACUACACCGGAGGGUUCGAUGACGAUGAACCAGAGGAGGAGAUCCCCCAGCCUCAGGCGGGCCAGCAGGGCAGCAUGCCUGGCGGCUUCCCCUGGUCGUCGUUCUUUGGAGGCAAUUCAGGCAACAAUGGCGGAGGCUCGGCCAGCGAGCACGAGCGCUUCAGUAACGAGCAGUUCGGCAGCGCUUUUGAGGAGAUGCUGCGCGAGGAAGGCUUGGCCGAGGGCGAGCAGGCGCAGCCGAACGGCAGAUUCUGGAGUCUCGUCGGCGGACUGAGCGGCGGCGCCAUGGGCUUCAUCAUCGCAAACUUCCCGGGAGCAGUUGCGGGCGCAGUUGCGGGGAACAGGCUGGGCGCGGUGCGAGACACUCGGGGAAAGAGCGUGUAUGCGGUUUUCCAGGAGCUGCCGCAGGGCGACAAAGCUCGGCUGCUCAGCGACCUGGCGACCAAGGUGUUUGCGCAUGCAGUGAGCGCUUGA